UGGGAGGAUUCUCCAAUAGAGUCAGAUCGGGCAGAGCGGGCGGGGCGCUAGCGGUUGGCGGGGAGAAUGAUCUGAAGACCGAGCGUCAGUGUGCGCCUCUCGGGCCGAGCUUGCGGUCUGAACAUGGCUCAGGAGGAGAUGGACGUGGACCUUGGCGGUGCUGGCCUCCUUCCAGAGCUCCCCAUGUUAUCUCUUACCGCUCUCAGUCCUAGACUAGUUUUCAGCAAUAUAGAAAGUGGAGAUGAGAGGACGGGCGAGGUGAGAACUGCGAACCCUGGGGAUAACCGCUUCAUCCCCAUCUACUCACCGCCUCACUCCCAACCUGCCAAUACUCUGCAGGCGCUCCACGGGGCGCUAGACCAGCUUCGCCAGGCAGCAGAGCAGCGAUUCCCCUCCCAGCCGGUCCGCAGCCUCAGGAUGAGCACCAGGGGCCGUCAUCGAGGCUCAUCGCAGCAGUUGGCCGGUAUGCGCCGUAACCAAGCGUUCGAAAACCUUUUCCAAUUAUCUGGAAACCUGAGGACGGCCAUGCGUUUACAUGAAGCACGUAGAGGCGUGCCGAGGAGGCCGACGAGGCCCCCACCACCAGAUGAGGCCGACAGCUCUGACGACACUGUGGCGUUAAGCGACAAUGAAGGCGGCAGCUCCACAGAGGAGGAAGAAGGGAAUGACACCGGAGCAGCGGAGCCGGCCGAGCCAGCUCCUGAAGAACUUGAUAUAAACCUCGUUGCCUCCACAUCUGACGUUCCGGAAAGACCUGACGAACCUGGAAAUGAGAGACCAUCAUCUGAUGCUGCACAGCCAAUCAAACAGCAGUCUCCAGUGAAGCCGGUGACAUCAGUGCCCCCUCCUCCAGAAGAGGAGGAUGAAGGCGACACCUGCACCAUCUGCCUGGAGUCCUGGACCAAUGCGGGUCAGCACCGCCUCUCCGCCUUGCGCUGCGGCCAUUUGUUUGGUUAUACCUGCAUCAGUCGUUGGCUGAAGGGAGGGGCAUUAAAGUGUCCGCAGUGCAACAAGAACGCGAAACGUUCAGAUAUUGUGGUGCUCUAUACCCGGUCGCUGAGGGCUCUGGACACCAGUGAGCAGGAGCGUAUGAAGAGUUCUCUAGAGAAGGAGCAGUCACUGCGCAGGAAAGCAGAGCUGGAGGCGGCACAGUGUCGGCUACAGGUCCAGUUCCUGACAGAUGAGUGUGGGAAGCUACGCAAACAAGUCCAGGAGUUGAAGGCUCUUGCUUCCUGUUAUGGGACCAGCUCUUCUCAGCCGUCGUGCAGUUCUGUGGCCCGGACUUCCAGCUCUCUGUCCUCCAGUCAGGGGCAGCACAAAUACAGCUUUGAAAAGGCCAUCCUGAUCCACCAAGGUGGAAACUGCCGUGUGAUGGCGUACUGCGAAUAUCUCACCUGCCUGGCCGUGUCCCAGCCGUCCAGCCACACCACGCUUAUCCCAGGGUGUGGGAUCAAGAAGCUAAACAUGGCCGACUUGAAGAGCACCCAGUUCGUACCCAUUCAUGCCAGGCAAAUCCGUGACCUGGCCUUCAGCGACCGCCCGGACAGACUGCUGCUCUCUGCCUCCCUGGAUAACACGCUGAAGCUGACCAGCCUGCUGACCAACACUGUGGUGCAGACCUACAACACUGGGCGGCCGGUGUGGAGCUGCAGCUGGUGCGCUGACGACGCCAACUACGUGUAUGCCGGUCUGAUCAAUGGUUCCGUGCUCGUCUAUGACCUGAGAGACACCAGCCAGUUUGUGAAGGAGCUGGUGCCGCUGGGCUCACGUUGUCCAGUGGUGUCCCUCUCUUCCAUACCCCGUGCUGCAUCCGAGGUCUUCCCUUGUGGCGGGGUGGUGGCUGGCACCCUGGAGGGAGCGUACUUCUGGGAGAUGACUGAUGCACAGUACAGGCCUCAUGUUCUACCCUUGGAGCCUGCAGGAUGCACAGACAUCCAGACGGAGAGCAGCACGCGCCACUGCCUGGUGACAUACCGCCCGGGUAAAACCUACGACUACCGGCGCUGUGUGAUGAUGGAGCUGACCAGCUCCCGGCUGACUGACACUGAGAAUCAUUAUUCCUGCUCCUGCUAUCCCGUCCAGACCUUCAACGCCGGCUCCACCUGUAAGGUGCUGACCAAGAACGCCAUCUUCCAGAGUCCGGACUGUGAUGGCAGCAUCCUUGUGUGCGCCGGAGACGAGUCGACCAACUCUGCUAUGCUCUGGCACUCCGGAAGCGGCUCCCUCAUCCAAAAGCUCCAGGCCGACCAGCCCGUGCUGGACAUCUGCCCCAUGCGGGUGAAUCAGAGCAGUCUGCUGGCCACGCUGACCGAGAAGACGGUGAAAAUCUACAAAUGGGAGUGAGCGGCGGACGAGUCGGAGGAGCCGAGUCCUGAUGUCUGUGUUGUGAUCCGUUGAUCGGUGUCCUGAUGUCUGUGUUGUGAUCCGGACCCCUGGGUUCUGAUCCGUGUACAUUGCUUCCUGUAUAUACUUUCUGUUGCUGUACAGAUUCUGUUGUAAUGUUUCUGUUCCUCUUAUAAUAAAGGGUUAUUUUUUUU